AUGUCAGAUCAUAAUACAACAAAUUUUCACAUUCAUGAAUUUGUCAUAACUGGUUUUCAGGAUUUCUGGGAUGGAGAAUCGAAGUUAAUUCUUUGUACUGUUUUUCUUCUGACAUAUAUUAUUACACUUGUUGGAAACAUGUCAUUUAUCAUUAUAGUCAAAUUGAACACAAGACUGCAUACACCAAUGAAUUAUUUUAUUUGUAAUUUAGCAUUGCUGGACAUGUGUAUUCCUUCUGUUACUGUACCAAAAAUUGCAUCCUAUUUAUUAUUUGAGGACAGGUCAAUUAAGUUUGGCUUGUGUUUAACACAGAUGUUUUUUUAUAUUGGACUUGCUACAGCAGAGUCUUUUUCAUUAACUGUUAUGUCAUAUGACAGAUACCAAGCUAUAUGCAACCCUCUUUUGUAUCCUUCAGUUAUGAAUAACAAGAAAUCCAUCCAACUGUCUAUUAUUUGCUGGAUUGGGGGCAUGAUGAUGGCACUGAUUCCACUUUUUCUUGUCCUUAGGGUUCCAUUUUGUGGUUCCAAUAAAAUAUAUCACAGCUUUUGUGACUACUUUGUUUUGAUACAGCUGGCUUGUGGUGAUAUGACAUUAAAUACUGUUGUAAGUUUCUCUGCUUUAUCCUUUUUGAUUCUCCCUUUAUUUUUUAUUGUGUUUUCUUACAUUAAAAUUAUUCAAUCACUGCAAAAAUGUACUUUGGUAAAAAGGGGGAAUAAGGCUUUCUCAACCUGUACAAGCCAUUUACUGGUGAUUGCCAUGUUCUACUUGCUGUCUGACUUUACAUUCUUAUGUAGUAAGAUGCCUGGGUGUUCUGCUAAUACUUGGCUUAUGUCUGCUACACUGCAAAACAUACUGCCACCAAUGAUUAAUCCAUUCAUUUACUCCCUGAGAGCAAAAGAGAUCAGGGACUGUUUCAUGAAACUCCUAAGAAGUGCAUUUAUGUCUGAGGGUCAUUAG